AUGAGUACAUUUACGCUACCAGGCUCUUCGCCCGAAUGUCCUGUCCACUUGACAAACGAUCUGACCAAAGAGCAAUUACUCUCAUUCCCGGCCUUCAAGACGUGGUCACAGACACUUCAACACUCAUUGAAACAGCAAGAGUCUAAGAAUCAUACAUUCCACGAGGCUCCCUACAAGCUCCGUAGCAUCAACAUCCAGAGUGUGGACUUCUUUGGUGGUGAGCGAAUCGGUUUCAUCAAAUUCAAGGCGGAGGUGUCGAACGAUGAUGGGGAGAAGUUUCCUGGAUCUGUGUUCUUGAGAGGAGGUAGUGUAGCAAUGCUGCUCACUCUACAACCUGACGACGUCGAGGAGGGAUCGGAGAAAGACAAGUAUGUGAUCCUAACUGUACAACCACGCAUCCCAGCCGGGUCACUCUGCUUCCCGGAACUGCCUGCAGGCAUGCUCGAUGAUGCAGGUACUUUCUCGGGUGGUGCAGCAAAGGAAAUCGAAGAGGAGACGGGUCUCAAGAUCGGCGAGGACGAGCUCAUUGACCUGACGAAACUCACAUUCGGAUCUGAAGACCAGACGUCAGAUGGGGAGAAGCUACAGAAGGCCAUGUACCCCAGUGCAGGUGGAUGCGAUGAAUUCGUUCCCAUUUUCCUGCACCAGCAGCGCAUCCCACGCAAACAGCUCAAGGAUUGGCAGGGUAAAUUGACGGGAUUGCGCGAUCACGGCGAGAAGAUCACGUUGAAAGUGGUGAGAUUGGAAGAGCUGUUCCGCGAAGGCGGAAGGGACAGCAAGGCAUUGGCUGCUUGGUCAAUGUACGAGGGUCUCCGCCGUGAGGGCAAGUUGUAA